AUGCUAUUUAUGCAACACUUCUUCCUCAAACACAUUAGAAUACAGUACAGACCAGUGGUAAAUCUACACAUUGUGAUACAGUACAGACCAGUGGUAAAUCUACACAUUACCAUACAGUACAGACCAGUGGUAAAUCCACACCUAACCAUACAGUACAGACCAGUGGUAAAUCUACACAUUAUGAUACAGUACAGACCAGUGGUAAAUCUACACAUUACCAUACAGUACAGACCAGUGGUAAAUCUACACAUUGUGAUACAGUACAGACCAGUGGUAAAUCUACACAUUACCAUACAGUACAGACCAGUGGUAAAUCUACACAUUGUGAUACAGUACAGGCCAGUGGUAAAUCUACACAUUACCAUACAGUACAGACCAGUGGUAAAUCCACACCUAACCAUACAGUACAGACCAGUGGUAAAUCUACACAUUAUGAUACAGUACAGACCAGUGGUAAAUCUACAAAUUACCAUACAGUACAGACCAGUGGUAAAUCCACACAUUAUGAUACAGUACAGACCAGUGGUAAAUCUACACAAUGUGAUACAGUACAGACCAGUGGUAAAUCUACACAUUACCAUACAGUACAGACCAGUUGUUAAUCUACACAUCACCAUACAGUACAGACCAGUGGUAAAUCUACACAUUACCAUACAGUACAGACCAGUGGUAAAUCUACACAUUACCAUACAGUACAGACCAGUGGUAAAUCCACACCUAACCAUACAGUACAGACCAGUGGUAAAUCUACACAUUAUGAUACAGUACAGACCAGUGGUAAAUCUACAAAUUACCAUACAGUACAGAACAGUGGUAAAUCCACACAUUAUGAUACAGUACAGACCAGUGGUAAAUCUACACAAUGUGAUACAGUACAGACCAGUGGUAAAUCUACACAUUACCAUACAGUACAGACCAGUGGUAAAUCUAAACAUUACCAUACAGUACACACCAGUGGUAAAUCUACACAUUACCAUACAGUAUAGACAAGUGGUAAAUCUACACAUUACCAUACAGUACAGACCAGUGGUAAAUCUAAACAUUACCAUACAGUACAGACCAGUGGUAAAUCUACACAUUACCAUACAGUACAGACCAGUUCCACACAUUAUGAUACAGUACAGACCAGUGGUAAAUCUACACAUUACCAUACAGUACAAACCAAUGGUAAAUCCACACAUUACCAUACAGUACAGACCAGUGGUAAAUCCACACAUUAUGAUACAGUACAGACCAGUGGUAAAUCUACAUAUUACCAUAAAGUACAGAACAGUGGUAAAUCCACACAUUACCAUACAGUACAGACCAGUGGUAAAUCUACACAUAACCAUACAGUACAGACCAGUGAUAAAUCUACACAUUACCAUACAGUACAGACCAGUGGUAAAUCCACACAUUAUGAUACAGUACAGACCAGUGGUAAAUCUACACAUUACCAUACAGUACAGACUAGUGAUCAGUCCCACAAUCAAAUGGGCUCAACUAGGGACCAAGGGCACCCUACAUAUGCAAUUUGAGAAAAUUCCGUCCAGUGCUUCUCAAGAAAUGGUGAUAACAAUAAUUGUUUACGGACGUUGGACGGAUGACGGACAGAUGACAGACCACAGAGGCAGAGUGAUUUGA